AUGGAUAUUAACUAUAACCAUAACUACCGCAACAACAACCACCACGGAGCCUCGGCAAAUCAUCACCACAAGCGGGCCUCUGACAAGUACCACUACCACGGAGCCUCCGACAAGUACCACUACCACGGAGCCUCCGACAAGUCCCACUACCACGGAGCCUCCGACAAGUACCACUACCACGGAGCCGCCGACAAGUACCACUACCACAGAGCCUCCGACAAGUACCACUACCACAGAGCCUCCGACAAGUACCACUACCACAGAGCCUUUGACAAGUACCACUACCACAGAGCCUCUGACAAGUACCACUACCACAGAGCCUUCGACAAGUACCACGACCACAGAGCCUCUGACAAGUACCACUACCACGGAGCCUCUGACAACUACCACGGAGCCUCUGACAAGUACCACUACCACAGAGUCACCGACAACUACCACUACCACAGAGCCUCCGACACGUACCACUACCACGGAGCCUCUGACAACUACCACUACCACAAAGCCUCUGACAAGUACCACUACCACGGAGCCUCUGACAACUACCACUACCACAGAGCCUCUGACAAGUACCACUACCACAGAGCCUCCGACAAGUACCACUACCACAGAGCCUCCGACAAGUACCACUACCACAGAGCCUCUGACAAGUACCACUACCACAGAGCCUCUGACAAGUACCACCACCACAGAGCCUCUGACAAGUCAGACAACCACGAUAGCUACUCUAACCACAAAAACAACCGCUACAACAACCACGACAGAUGUUCCAACAACCACAACAGUCACUCCUACCACAACGGCGGCAAAAACAACCACAACGGCCACACCAACAGCCACCACAGCGGCACCAACAACCACGACGGCCACACCAAAAACCACAACAGCCACUCCAAUUACAACCACAACGGCCGCACCAACAUCCACAGCGGUGCCAGCAACCACGACCGUCACACCAACAACAACUACAGCAGUGCCAACAACAACCACUACUACUGCAUUAACAACCACGACAGACGCGGCAACAACCACGACAACUGCUCCAACUACAACUACAGCAGUGCCAACAACCACAAUAGCCACUCCAACAACCACAACAGCCGCGGCAAUAACCACGACAGUCGCUCCGACAACCACGACACCUAA